AUGGCCCGUACCAAGCAAACAGCAAGAAAAUCCACCGGAGGAAAAGCACCAAGGAAGCAACUCGCGACCAAAGCCGCGAGAAAAUCAGCCCCAGCCACCGGAGGAGUGAAGAAGCCCCACAGAUUCCGUCCCGGAACUGUUGCGCUAAGGGAGAUCAGGAAGUACCAGAAGAGCACCGAGCUUCUGAUCCGCAAGCUCCCCUUCCAGCGUCUUGUCCGCGAGAUCGCGCAGGACUUCAAAACGGAUCUGCGUUUCCAGAGCAGCGCAGUCGCGGCUCUCCAGGAGGCGGCGGAGGCUUACCUCGUGGGGUUGUUCGAAGACACGAAUCUUUGUGCGAUCCACGCGAAGAGGGUUACGAUUAUGCCUAAGGAUAUUCAGCUUGCGAGGAGGAUCAGAGGUGAGAGAGCUUGAGGAGGGAUGCAGAGGAUUUAGUUUAAGAUCGAGUCGUUUCUGUUUAUGUGAAUUUUGUUUUGUUUUUAAGUGUUCGAUGAAUUGUCUCUCAAUGAAUCAAUGGUCAAAUCCUAUCUUAGUUUUGAGUGAAACGCUAACAAUGUUUAGGAUCGAUGUUUCGUUUUGUACUUUACGAAAAUUAUCGUUGUAAGCAUUGGUUAUUUUCGACAUCAUCUUGUUGUUAAUUAAGUUAUUCAAUAAAGCGAGAUUGUUCACUGA